AUGAAGUAUAUAAAUUCAGUUCUUUGCUUAAUAAUAUUAUUAAAUGUAGUUCAGUGUAGAGAAAAUUCUGAAAAUUCAGAAGAUUCCAAAAUCGCUAAGGAUUCCACAUUUAACCCUAUCAAAAUAGACUAUUUUGAAUAUGAAUUCCCAAUCAACCAUCAUGUAAUUCCAUUUUCAUACACUUUGGAAGGCUCCGCUGGAAAGAAUUCAGUAAAGCCUGAAGAAUCACACAAUAGCGCUGAAGACUCCAAUGUUGACAAUAUAAAUAACAUGAAUUUGGAACCAAGACUGGAACCUUCCUACACUUCUUACUCCUUCAUUAGAAGUUAUAACGUUUCUAAAUCCUGCCCACUGGAUGAUAAUUUUUUCAGCAAUCGUAUAAGUAAAUUCUCAAGAUUCGGAUCAGGUCGUGAAAGCGGUUACCCAGACCUAAACGAACUGAUUGAGCAUAAUAAGACUUCAAAUGGAGUCCUUUUAGUUGACUUUUUUGCAACUUGGUGUGGACCUUGUCAAAGGAUGAACGAGAAUUUGGAAGUGAUAAGAUCACAGUAUAGAAGUGAUAAACUGACAAUACACUCAGUAGAUGUGGAUCAGAAUAAAAGCCAUUUGGAAGAGUACAAAAUUACAGCACUCCCAUCACUUUUAUUAUUCGUUAGAGGGGAGGUACACAAGAAAAUCGUCGGACUCGUUGAUGUUAAAACUCUAAUCAAGGAAAUUGAUCUCUCAUUAGAUUCACUAUACCAUUAAUUUAUUAUUCAUACU